CAGAUCCUGUGCCUACAACAAAAAUGUGACACCGGUGGCUGUGGAUGUUGCCAUCGCCCUCUCUUUGCACACUGACACCCCAGACACAGCUGUGACACGGCGGGAGCUGCAGGGAAGGCCAGACAUGGGAGAAGAUAAUUUCACUUACUGCCCAGCAACAGGCCUUGCUAAAGGAAAUGAGCACUCAGAAUUUGCUGGCUGGGCAUUUCCCUUUCCAGGGGUGUUCCUGGUGGAGGAGUUCAUUAGUGAAGAUGAAGAGUGUGAGAUAGUGGAACUGAUGGAUCGAGAUGACUGGAAACCAUCACAGUCUGGCCGAAAGAAACAGGACUAUGGACCCAAAGUGAACUUUAAGAAACAAAGGCUGAAAGCUGGCAGCUUUACUGGCUUGCCAAGUUUCAGCAGGAAGAUUGUGGCACAGAUGAAGGCCUGUGCUGUGCUCAGUGGUUUCUUACCUGUGGAACAGUGUAACCUGGACUACAGAGCAGAGAGAGGCUCUGCCAUCGACCCCCACUUUGAUGACUGGUGGCUCUGGGGGGAGCGCUUGGUCAGCCUGAACCUGCUCUCAAAAACUGUGCUCUCCAUGUCCUGUGAUUCACAGGACACCAUCCAAUUAUUUCCCAUUUCCAGUAAGGAGGAAUUCAGUCCCCCUGCACCUUUCACGCAGACAUCAGAGUGCAGAAGUCCAGGAGAAGAGGGAACCAAGUGCUUUUUGUCCCCCAGGCUGGUUCCGGGGAAGGAGGUGAGUGUGGCCAUCCUCUUGCCCCAGAGGUCGCUGGUGGUGCUGCACGGGGACGCCCGGUACAAGUGGAAACACGGUAUCCACCGCAGGCACAUCGAGCACCGCCGCGUCUGCAUCACCUUCAGGGAGCUCUCUGCAGAGUUCAGCGCCGGGGGGAGACACGAGGAACUGGGCAAGGAACUGCUACAAACUGCUCUUUCCUUUCAAGGGAGACCCGUGUGACCAAGGGGUUGCAUUUUGCUGGGAGAGGUGUAAAAUGAGGUAUGGAAUUUGUAUGGUUUGGUUUAUUUCUGAGGUGGGUGUAAGGAACCAGGUGUGCGCAGAGACAAGCUCAAUAAAAUGAAAAUUUAACAAACAAGUAAAAGGGGUGGGCUUUGAAACCUCCCAGGCACUGGGAGCUUUUAGGCUGAAGUCAGAAGGAAGAGGUUGGGUCCAUUACCUGUGCUGUAACAAAAAAGCAAACAACCAGCUCCUACACACUUAAAUGAACCCAAGAAAGUUGGAAAAAUUAUGCAGAGUAUCAAAAAGCCCUUGACACAGUUUCAGCCCAAGCCCUGGC